UUUUGCUCCACCGCAUCACAUGAUACUGAUAAAACAUGGCUUCUGUUCAAUGGCACUCUCGCUGUCGUAAAUAUGAAUAUGAGAAGCAGAUGUGUCGUCUGGAGGCUUCACCUUUGGACAUCAGUGACUACCAUCCACUCAAAGCCAUCACGGUGACCGAUUCAAAAUCUCGGCGUAGUGUACGGAAAGGCAGCACAUCAUCAACCUCGUCGUCCUCCAGCUCCGUGGCUCUAGAUCCGCUCAGCUCUUUGCUGGAUGGGACCGACCCACUGUCCCUCUUUGCUGCGGCGUCUGAGGUCCCAACCAUCAUCUCACACAGCGUCUCUGCUGGGGAGUUGGGCAGAAAACGUCAAGAUAAAGAGGAGGAGGAGGUGGGCUCGGACUUUGAGCCGUGGUCAUGCAAGCGUGGAGAGAUCCUGUCCAGAUUCACCACCACAGAGAAGCUCUCGAUCAACCUCUUCAUGGGCUCAGACAAGAGUAAAGCAUCCAGCCCGAGCUCAGCCGUGUCAGAGAAGGUGCGAACACGUCUGGAGGAGCUGGAUGAUCUGGAGGAGGGCUCUCAGAGGGAGCUGCUGAAUCUGUCCCAGCAGGACUAUGUGAACCGCAUUGAAGAACUCAAUCAGUCUCUGAAAGAGGCCUGGGGUUCAGACCAGAAGGUCAAAGCCCUGAAAAUUGUCAUCCAGUGCUCUAAGCUGCUGUCCGAUACGUCAGUCAUUCAGUUUUAUCCCAGCAAGUUUGUCCUCAUCACAGAUAUCCUGGACACAUUUGGUGGUCUGGUGUAUGACCGGAUCUGGUCCAUGUGUGCUGAGCAUCAUCCUCUACCAGACUCAUUUAGUGCGGAUGAUGUGAACGACACGGCUAAAGAAACAUGUCUCAACUGGUUCUUUAAGAUCGCCUCCAUCAGAGAGCUCAUCUCUCGACUAUAUGUUGAAGCUGCUCUUUUAAAGUGCAACCGCUUUUUAACCAAAACGGGGAUUCAGGAGACACUGCAGAGAUUAACAGCGAUGAUCAGAGGGAUAGGAGAUCCGCUGGUGGCCGUAUAUGCACGAGCGUACUUAUGCAGGGUGGGGAUGGAGGUUGCUCCGCACCUGAAGGACAGUCUGAAUAAGAACUUCUUCGACCUGCUGGCCUCCUUCCGUCAAAUUCAUGGCGACAGUGUUCAGAAUCAACUGGCCCUGCAGCGGGUGGAGAUUCCCGUCUAUCUGACGCUCUAUUCUCCUGCCAUACACUGGAUCCUGCAGUGUGUGGCGUACAGAGCACCAGAGGUUCUAUUGACAGAGAUGAUGGAGAGAUGCAAGAAGUUAGGCAACAACGCUCUUCUGCUGAACUCUGUCAUGUGGGCGUUUCGGGCUGAAUUUGUGGCUACUAGAGCGACAGACUUCAUCGGCAUGAUCAAGGACUGUGAUGAAGCAGGAUUUCCCAAGCAUCUGUUGUUUGCGUCUCUUGGCCGCAGUGUGUCCUGUGCCGAUCCUCCAGAGAGCGAGAGACUCUCUGUGCUCAAUGAAGCCUGGAAGGUCAUAACUAAAGUGCGCAGUCCACGGGAUUAUAUGAGCUGUGCAGAGAUCUGGGUGGAGUUCACCUGCCGUAACUUCUCUAAACGGGAGGUGAACACGGUUCUCGCUGACAUCAUCAAGCACAUGACUCCAGACAGAGCUUUCGAGGACGCUUAUCCACAGCUGGAGUCGGUGAUAAAGAAGAUCGUCACAUACUUUCAUGAUUUCUCUGUGCUCUUCUCUAUGGAGAAGUUCUUGCCCUUUCUGGACAUGUUUCAGAAGGACAGUGUCAGGGUGGAGGUGUGUAAAUGCAUCAUGGAAGUCUUCAUCAAACACCAGCAGGAGCCGACGAGAGACCCCGUCAUACUCAACGCUCUGCUGCACAUCUGUAAGACCAUGCACGACUCGGUCAACGCUUUGACUCUAGAUGAUGAGAAGAGAGCUCUGGCUCUGCUCAUCAAUGGAUUUAUACGGAUGGUGUCAUUCGGGAGAGAUUUUGAGCAGCAGCUGAGUUUCUGCGUGGAAGCCCGUGCGACCUUCUGUAACCUUGAGCCUGUCAUCGUUCAUCUGAUCCAUAGUGUCAAUCAGUUAGCCAUGGAUACCAACCGUGUGAUGAAGGGAAGUCACUCCCGUAAGACAGCUGCUUUUGUCAGGGCAUGUGCUGCGUACAGUUUCAUCACGAUUCCCUCGCUUACGAGCAUCUUCAGCCGCCUGAAUCUCUAUCUGCUCUCAGGGCAGGUAACGCUGGCCAACCAAUGUCUGUCUCAGGCUGAUGCUUUUCUAAAAGCAGCCGUCAGUAUUUUGCCAGAGGUGCCUCGUACCAUCAGUAUUGAGGGUAAACAGCGUUCAUCCGAGCCCUUUCUGCUCGACUUCAUCAACAACUUUCUCUCCAUGCUCCUGGUGGUGCCGGAUCACCCCGAGCAGGGUGUGUUGUAUCUGGUGCGAGGACUGUUGAACAUGGUGCAGGAUUACACCUGGGAGGACAACAGCGACGCUAAAGUCCGUGUCUACAUCAGCGCUCUGCCGUUAUUAGCGGCCAUGAGCCAAGAAAACUACCUUUACACCAUUCCUAAAGUGGAUUCAAAUGAAACGCUCUAUGGAGGAGAUCCUAAGUUUAUAGCAGAGAUCAACAAGUUGUGUGAGACUCUGAUCGGUCAGGUUCUGGAUCAUUUAAAGGGUCUGGGGCGAGAUGAUGGGGUGCGCAGGCAGGGUGGUCUGGCAUUCUCUCUUUUUGGCUGUCUGUUGGCUCACGGUGAUGUACGCAAUAACAAACUCAAUCAGUUAGCCGCCAACCUCUGGAAUCUGAGUCACAAGCACGGCUUCUGUGACACACGCACUUCGGUUCGGACACUGGAGCACAUCAGACAGCAGGCUCAGCAGUCCGAAAUGAGUCAUCUCUCUGAUCUGACCACACGUCUGUCACUGCAGGCCGUAGCUUAAGACACUGAGACGCAGAACACAUCAGACUUUAUACCACAUCAGGAAGAUGUCAUGAGCAGGUGCUCUAUGGUUGAAGACCGUUCAGACAUUUCACGUUCAGAAAUUGAAAUGUUUUUUGAAGUGGUGCUUUACGGUCCGGAUAUACUGCCGUUUGACACUGUGUAAUGCACAGAAUGCACCAUUAAAGUGUUUUGACAAUAAUAGAAUAGAUUAUUGAUCGAAAUAAUACAUUCAUUCAGUACUAACCUUCUGAUAAUUAUGCUACAAUGUCAGUUUGCACUUCUUUUGUACCGUUGGUGUCUGUGUAUAGGUGUUAUAUAAAACACUCUGAUUAUAAGACCGACAACAGACUGGGUUCAGUUUUUUUUCUACUUGUAGCCCAGAAAGACUGUUAGAAAACAUACAACUAUGAGGAGUGGGGAAAAUAUCUUUACAUUCCUUAUUACAAGAGUUUGAUGCAAUGUUUUAGAAAAAAAGUCUGAUCAAAUCAGAGCCACAAAUACUAUUCAUGUUAUUAGUUUUAUUAUAUAAUAUCUUUCUAAAUUUCCUUUCUUUGAUCUAAAUGUUGAAGCCAUCAGAUAAUUUUCAAAUGCUAAACAGCACUUUGUAUUGUGUAGAAAACACACUGUUAUUUUUUGGGGAACUACCCCUUUAACUUUUUGUCAUUACUUGUCAUCACCCUGUAUGACUUUCUCUUUUGUGAAACACAAAAUAUAGUUUGAGAAAUGUCUCAAAUUUUGUGUUCAUACAACGGAAUUCAACGAGGGCCAGGGUUUGGUUACCAACACUCUUUAAAAUAUCUUUUGUGUGCUGCAGAAGUUAUACAGGUUUGGAAUGACAGAAAGAGUGACGUACGUUAUCAAAGAUCUUUGUGUGGGGUGUGAACUAUUAUUUCAAUGGCAGUGCAAUUAAGUUUAUAAACACCUGUCUCUGUCAACCUCAAAUGCCAAUGUUUCCAUUUAAAAAAAAAAAAAUGUCAAUUUAGAUAUUCAACUUUUAGGUAAAAUAAAUUUGUGACACACCAAAUACAUUUCAUGUUGUUCAAUUACCAGUAUAUAAAACCAUGUAUAUGACCUGACUAAUAAUGAACAAUGAAUUAUUAAAUCAAUCAUUCUUAAAAUAUCAA